AUGAAACGCACCUGCAGCCCAGAAACCAGCCCGGAGCAUGAGCCGAGAAAGGAAAUCCCACUAGAUGACCGCCCAAUCCUCUCGAGCCUAAAUGCACCUAUCUCUCCGCCCCGAAGAAGAUCAUCCAUCAAAUGGGUCAAGGGUGGGGAUGGGGGAGACGCUACCCCGCUGAACGCAUCGCAGCUAAACACUUCAUCCAGCCUCGCUGCCAUCGAAGCAGGCCAGGUUGAAGUGACCGACCAUUUGAACACAAUUUCUGCAAAGCUCAAAGAAUGCGUUCGCCCACUUCCAAAACAGUCCUUACCGCUGCUGCCCAUCAAGGAAUGGAUGGAGCUGUACAGACGCAACGAGCACUCAGAGGGACGGCAUUUCGUCAUCCAUCAACAUGACCAUCCCAUCGCAGGGCCCCAUUAUGAUCUCCGCCUCCAGUUCUCAGAGACCAGCUCUGUCAGUUGGUCGGUUAUGUAUGGGAUGCCUGGCGAUCCGAAUAGUCAGCGAUUAAACCGCAAUGCGACUGAAACUCGGAUCCAUUGUUUAUGGAAUCAUCUGAUUGAAACAGCUUCUCACAAGACGGGGAGUCUGAUUAUCUGGGAUACUGGAGAAUAUGAAAUUCUACCGUAUCAAAUGGACCCAUCUGGCCCCGUGACCGAUGACUCGCGAUCAGAUAGCCAUGUCUCACUGGAGGAGCCAAUCUCAGAUAGCGCGAAGUUACGAGAAGCUUUUCAGAAUCGCAAAAUCCGACUCCGACUCCAUGGAACCCGUUUACCAAAAGACUACACCAUUAUUCUGCGAAUGGACAAAACUACCAAUUUUGCGAGGCCCAUCCGUGAGGGCCCUAAGCGGCGUCGUCGGCACCAAUCGGGGGCAAGGGUGCCACAACCGCCAUCUACUUCGGACUCCGGAUCGCCUCCGCCGGCACUUGGUAAAAAGAAAUUGAGAGUGGAUCCAACACCGCAACGAUCUCAAUCCGGAUCUCGAACCAGCCCAGCUAGGGAUGCACAUGCAGAUGAUACCUACACCGCCGACCUCGAAAUACAAAGAAAUAAUGCUUACCCAGGAUCUAGCAAUACGAUUGGCUCGAUUCACCAACGGCGAUGGUAUCUCAGCUUAGAUCGGCAAUCCUCUGGAUUUGAGCGGACGAGAAAUACAAGGGGGUUGACAGAAAUAGACAGAAAGUGGACUCGCAAACCCGUCGGACAAGGAUUCGAGCCGUUUUACGUGCACGGACCGGAUUAUGAGCGGAGCGUUGUGACUGCGCGACGAGGGCGCGAUGUCUUGGAUGAUGAGGCCGUAGAAGAGUUUGUGCCGAGACGCGGGUGGAGGCCGGUCCUGCAUUAG